AUGAAACGAUUUUAAUUUAUUUUUGUUAAAAAUGAUACAAUUUUAAAAAUAAUUUUUGUGUCUUGUGAUCGUGUGUUUGUUUUGAAUUCAAUUGGAUUUUCUAAAAUUGUCGCGGAAAACAUAACAUGGGAACGGAGUUACAUUCAAAGGAUUUCUUACAAUUUGUUAAAGCAAUAGGAGAGUCUCGAUCUAAGCAAGAAGAAGAUCGUAUUUUAUUAUCAGAAAUACAAACAUUAAAAAAAUGUUUUACAGCACCCGACUUGAGUGCAUUUCAAGUCAAAGAAUAUCUUGUAAGAGCUAUUUACAUUGAAAUGUUAGGUUAUAAAGCACCCUUCGCGUACAUCCAUGCUAUAAAAUUAACACAAACAAGAAAUCUGUUAUGUAAAAAAGUUGGAUAUUUAUUUUGUUCUCUUUUUUUGAAUUCCCAGCAAGAAUUAUUAUUAUUAUUGAUUAAUUCAUUACAAAAAGAUUUACAAAGCAGCAAUUAUAUGGAAGUGGACGCAGCAUUAUCUUGUUUAUGUAAAUUAUUAAAUAAAGACAUUAUUUCAGUCGUUUUGCCUUCUGUUUUAAGUUUAACAAAACAUCAUCCGAAAGUAUCCAUUAAAAAAAAAAGUUGUAUGGUUUUGUAUUGUAUCUAUCAGCAUCAACCGACCUUACUUGAAACACAACUACCCGAAUUUAUAAGAGGCGCUUUGUGUGACUCCAAUUUAUCCGUCAUAGGUGCCGCACUUCAUCUUUUUGAAUUAUUAAUACAGGAAAAUAAAAACUCGUAUAAAGAUUUAGUCCCAACGCUUGUUUGUAUAUUAAGACAAAUACUAGACAAUCGUGUAUCUCAUGAUUAUGAUUAUUACUUUAUUUCUGCACCAUGGAUUCAAAUCAAAUUACUUUCUCUUUUAGGAAUUUUGGGAGAAGGUGAUCAGGUAGCAUCUGAUGAAAUACAAGAAACGUUACUUCAUGUAUUUCGAAAAGCCGAUUUAAAAGUGAAUGCAAGUUUUGCUAUUGUUUAUCAAGCUGUGAAAACAACAACAGCUAUACUUUCCUUAUCUAACGUUGUCGAAGCGGCGUCAACAAUUGUCUCCAAAUUUAUAACGUCUGAAAAUCAAAAUUUGAAAUAUAUUGGUAUUAAGAGUUUAGCAUCUUUAGUUCGAGUCCAUCCAUCUUUCGCAACACAAUCGGAACAUCAAUUAAUUGUUUUAAAUGCAUUAGAAGAUUCGGACGAAACAUUAAAGAAGAAAACCCUCGACCUUCUUUAUCGUAUGACAAAUCCUAAGAAUUCCAUGGCUAUUAUUGACAAAUUAUUAUCUUAUUUAACAUUACCUGUUGAAAGAUCUUUUUAUAAAGAUCUAAUUUAUAAAAUUUGCAGUUUAGCUGAAAGGUUUGCACCCAAUCAGCUUUGGUAUGUCACCACACUGAAUAAAGUGUGGAUGAUUGGAGGUGAUGUAGUUCCCCAAAACUCAGCCCAUAAUUUAUUACGACUUGUGGCUGAAGGGCCUACCGGUUUAGAUCACCAAGAUAAUCUCUUUAGACAACAAACUGUUAACAUAUAUAUACAACUGUUAAAUGAGCAUUCGGUCUUACCGGACAUAUUAGUUAAAACAAGUGUAUGGAUUCUUGGAGAAUAUGGGUCAUUAAAUACAACUGUCGGAUAUGAAAAUCUUGAGUCAUUAAUCCAUUUAGUUCAAAAUUGUUUAACUCUGAGAACCAUUAAGGAAACGACUAAAAGUUGGAUAUUCUCUUCCAUUUUUAAACUUUGUAUUGCUCGCCUCAUUGCGUUAGUGACGCACGCUGGAAAAGAAGAUUCCUUAAUCUUGACAGCUUCCUAUAAUAGUUGGAGUGAAAAGGAAAAGGUCGUAUGGCCGCCUCGCGACAGUCGUUUAAUCCCCUGUGUUGUUUCUUUGUUAAAAGACUAUUCGUCUACCACAAGUUUGAUGUUAAAACAACGAUGUGUAGAAUUUCAAUAUCUUGUGAUGACCCCAGAACCUGGAGAACCUUUUGAUACUAUUUUUCUUUUAAAAGAAUUAUAUCCUUUUGAUGGAGCUUGUGAAGAUAUUCAUGUUGACAUAAAACUUUCUUUUUUAAAUGCGUAUGUUGAAAGCUGUUUAUUGAAAGGGUCAUUACCUUGUCCAAUAGAACAAGAAAAAGAUUCUUGUUAUCCAAAAAAUAACCAAAAUAAUUCACGUACUGUGAAUGCGACGAAGUUAAGCAAUACGGUUCAAUAUUUUUCCAAAAUAGAAUGCCAAUCGAGCCAUUUUGCAGAAAAAGAUCCAUGUCUGACUCCUUAUCCUAGUGAAAAAGAUUAUUUUAAUGACGCUAUAAAACAAAUUGAUCUUCCUUCUAGAGAUAAACACGAGUCUGCUUUGAAAUCUCAUUACCCUGAAGAAAAACUUCUUGUUAGAGGUCCUAGUGUUUGGGGACCUUCAGGUUAUGAGGCUAAGUCAUCAUGCAAUGAGGCAACAAAGCAAAAAACUUCAACAACACAAAAAGCUUCUUACCAUUAUGUGUUGCCUGAAACCAACGUUUCUACUUUGUCCCACAAUACUUUGAUGGAUUCAGAAAAACAAAAAGCUGCACAAGAAUUAUUUUGUGGUUUUGAUUCAAAUUCAAAACUUGAUGAAACCAAUACUUUAACUUUUUCACCGCUCACUUCCGAAAAUUCUUUACACUAUAAGAAGGAUUUGACCACUUCUCCUACCUUUUUAACAAACGUAUCCCAACAAGAAACAGACAAAAAUGAUUGGCUAAAUGGGACUAUGGUUGAUCCUACAAAGAAUCCGUCCUCCAAGCCACAAGAACAGAUCAUCCAUGGGCUGCUAUUGGAUUCAGAUGACCUUAUACACCCGUCCCAUGUUCCAUGCGAAUCUAUAUCAACGCUACCGCUUAAAAAGGCAAUAGAACCAGUGUAUCCGACAAAGUUGUUAUCCCUCUUAUCUCCAAUGGAAAUAUCUAUUGACCAAGUUGAGAUUACUUGGUCAACGUUACCUUAUGAAAAAAAACGUCGGAUGCUAACGAAUAUCAAAAAUGCUUCAGAUCUUCUCACAUCGCUUCAGAAAAUUUUACCAGUCGCCAUUGUUCAAAGCAUAGCAGAAGAAGCUAUUCUAGCAGCACAGGAUACAAGCAAUACGUCAUCUUUUGUUUAUAUUCAUGUCAAAUUGAUUCCAGCAGAUGCUAUUGAAUUUAUAUUUCGUGCAAGUCAACAACAAAUGAUUGAAGGCUUACCUGACGAAAUAUUUCAAUGUUUAUCUUUUCAUACGAUCAUUAAUGAAUCUCUGCGUCCCAGCUCUUAGUAUCAAUUAUCCAUGUUUUUAAUGUAGAAUGCGUCAUCAAUGAAAAACCUUGUGUU